AUGCAACAAAGGAACUCAGAUUUAUUUUUAGAACAGAUAUCUUCAAAUAUGUAUACAAGAAAAAACUCUCCUAGUAUGAGAAAUUUUAUUGAUGCAGUAAAUAUAGAGCAAGAUGAAAUUCUUGAUUCAGAAAACACACUUAGUCAUUUUCCUACGGAAGAAAAAAAUUCAGAUUCUGAUAAUAAAGAUGAUUUUUUAAAGAUGAGUUUAGUUGACACAAUAAAUUUAGAGAAAAGUAAGUCAUGUGAUAUAAAAAAUAUUUUAGAUGAACUACAGAGUUCGUUAAUGGAUUCUCUCAUAGAAUCUUUCUAUCCAUCUUUUGAAAAUGAAAACUUAUCUAUCCAUAAUGAAACGGAGUUCUCUAGUGUAAGUUUAAUGAGUACAGAAAAUACGGAAUAUGAAGAUUUUGUUGAUUUAAAAAAUAAUUUAAGUGAAAUUCCAAAUACAAUACCAGAUUCACUAACAGAACCCCUUGAUUUACAUUCUGAACAAGAUUACUCAACUAUUUAUACUAAAACAGAAUCCUCUAGCAUAAGUUUAAUGGGCAUAGAAAAUGUAGAAUGUGAAGACUCUGAUGAAUUACCAAAAAUUUUAGAAGUACUAAGUACAUCACCAGACCCACAAAUACAACCUCCAGAUUUACCUCCUAAACCUGAAAACUCAAUCAUUCAUAUUGAAACAGAACCCUCUAACAUAAGUUUAAUGGGCACAACAGAUACAGAACAUAAAUAUUAUGUGGAAUUACAAAAUGCAUUAGGUGAAAUUCUAAGUACAUUACCAGAUUCACAAAUAGAACCUUUAGAUUUACCUCCUGAACAUGAAAAUUCAGUCAUUCAUAUUGAAACAGAGCCCUCUAGCAUAAGCUUAGUGGGUACAAAAGAUACAGAGCAUAAAUAUUAUGUUGAAUUACAAAAUGCAUUAGGUGAAAUUAUAAGUACAUUACCAGAUUCACAAAUAGAACCUUUAGAUUUACCUCCUGAAUCUGACUAUUCAACUAAUGUUAUUGAUGGAAAACCCUUUAAUGUAAAAAAUUUAAUUAAUAUAGAAAAUGUAGAACAUGAAGAUUCUUAUAAUCUACUGAAUAUUUUCAAUGAUUCACAAGUUAUUCCCAAUUAUUUGGAAAUGAGAUUCCUUGAGUCAUCCUUAGAAGAUCAUUCUUCAACUAUUAAGAAUGACAAUAUACCAUCCAGUACAAGCAAUUUAAUGCUCUCAGAAAGUGAACGUGGAAAUUUUGUUGAAUUACAAACUAUUCUUUUUAAUCCUCUUACAGAACAACAAAAUUUAUCAUUUUAUAUUGAGAAAGGAUCUUCUAGAAUAGACAAGUUGAUGCACACACCAAGUGAAAAAUCUAUUGAACUAGAAAAUAUUCUCCCUAACAUUUCUAUAAAUCAAUCUACUACAGCUAUUAGUGAUUAUGAAAAAGAUACAACCUUAGUAGACGAAAUUGAACAAACAUCAGAAGAAUGUAUGGGAAAUGAAAAAAAUGAUAAACAAAUUGAUGAACAAAAUCAUGGAAAAAAUACAUUUAGAAAGCAAAAUUUCUUUAAUAAUUUAUCUGUUAUCGAUUUUAAUAUGGAUAUUGGUGGUGAUAAUACACAAUCAUGUAAAAAAAAAGGAAAGAAGAGAAAUUACGAAGAUAUCGAUAAUUUAGAUGACCAGAAUAUUGGAGAUUCUAUAUAUAUUAAUCCAAUAAAAAAAUGUGCUUGUAAUAAAAAUGGUGAAAAUCUUGUCAAUUCUCUUUCAAAUAUUUUCCAAAUGGAAAUUAAUUGCUUAUCAUAUAAUUUAGUUCCAAGUCUACAAAAAUUAAGAGAUAUAUUAAACGAUGACAACAAAGAUACAUAUAAUAAUUUAGAAAAAAAAUUGAAUACAAACAUUUUGUCAUUAAGACACAUUAUAAGUGAGGAAAUACAAAAAAUUAAUCAUUCUGAUCUAACAAUAAUAAAAAAUUAUUAUGAUAGUAAUAUAGAAGGAAACAAAUUAGUAAGAAGUAUUAAUAAUUAUAUUUUAUCAUUUAGACAUAUAAUAAAUCAUAGAUUUAAUAAAAAAGAGGAAAUACAUGAAAGAGUAGAACACUUUUUAAAAAUUCUUCAUGAUUCAAUCUAUGAACAUAAAUCUAUGCGGGACUUAUAUCAUAUUAAAUCAAUUAUUAUAAAUAAGUUUAUGCAUAGUAAAUUAUUUUCUUUUUUAUCUAUUCAAUCAUUUGAAACCUUUAAACGUAUUUUUGAAUUAUUUAAAUCCAUGGAUAAAUUAAUAAAAUGUGUAGAAGAAUCAAUUAAAAAUGGAUUUCUAUUAAAAGACCGUACUUAUUUUUCUACAACUCAAAAUAUUUUAUCUAUUCUUAAUGUACAGAUAAAUGCAACUAUUAGGAAAAAUUUAGCUAAACUUGACUAUAUUUUGAAUGCAUUGAAUUUAUCAUAUGAAGACUACAGUAUAAUAAUACAAACUAUUUUUUAUUUUUGUAAAAAAGAAAAUGCAAAAAAUAUGGAAAAAUUAAGACAUUACGUAAAUAAAAUUAAUAGAAAAAAUUCUUUUAAAGCCGUUUAUGAUCUUUUAUUAGAGGAAAAAAAGUAUAUUUUAUGGUGCUAUAAUGAAGCAUCUAAAAUUUUUAAUUUAAACUUAAAUGACAAAAAUAAGGAAGGAAUACUCUUCAAUGAUUUAAUAAGUAACAACAAUUCCCUAGAUCAUUUAUCUUCUCUUUAUGAAAUACUUAUGAAAUUAAUUGGAGCUUUAUUUAUUAGGAAACAGUUAAUCGUUAUUACGAAAAUACGCAAAUCAUUACUAAAUAUGAAUUCAUUGAAAAAAAGGAAAUAUAUUUCAUAUAUAACAAAAAAGAUUAUAAAUAAGGAACAUCAAUUAAAUUUACUUUCUCAAAUAGAAAAAGAAAAAUGUAAAAUGGAAGAAUUUGAGUUUAACAUAAAAAAUUUACAUUUAUUUAUUAGUGUAAAAGAAGAUAUAAAAUAUAUUAAAGUAUCAAAUGAUUUAAAAAACAAAAUGAAAGAAAUUAUAUCAAUUUUACGUUUUGUUCAUGUUAUAACAUAUAAAGAUGAAGAUAGAACUAGUUUUAAUCAUGAAAAAAAAGGUAAUACAGAAAAUAUUUUGCUUGCACUAUAUUAUGCCAACGAAAGGCUUAUAAAGUUUAUUGAAAAUGAAAUGCAAUAA